AUGGAGGAGAUCAAGACUCCAGACAUCCAGAGGCCCCCAGAACACAAGAGACCAAGGAAGGCCAACCGAGGGGCAGCCGCGCCACUAUCCCAGAAAGAGCUGAGGAGAGUCCCAGAUGAGGGGUCACUCAGCAGCCGCGGAGCAGAAGCCAGGGGGGGUUGCAAUGACGUGCCCGCGAGCUCCGCCGGCAGCCAGCUGCACCAGAGUGUGUCUCAGGUGGUUGGUCCAUCUGACCCAGUUGUGGCAAUAGUUGGUGAUGACACUGUGUUACCAUGCCAUCUGGAUCCUGCUGUGAAUGCUGCUGAUAUGACAGUAGAGUGGACACGAUCUGACCUCACACCCAGAUUUGUCCAUGUUUGGCGUGACGGCGUGGAGCUUGUGAAUAAAAAAAAUGAAGCCUACAUGGAAAGAACAUCACUACCCAUUAACAACCUGAAGCUCGGAGACAUUUCAUUAAAACUCUCCAAAGUGAAACUGUCAGAUAGAGGAUCAUACAAAUGCUUCAGUCCUGCACUUAGUGGACAAGCCAGUGUUGAGCUUGUUGUUGGUGUAGUUUCAUCACUUGUCAUCACUGUAAUGGGAAAUAGUGAGGACAGCAGUAAAGUAGUGUUGCAGUGUGAGUCUGCAGGCUGGUAUCCAGAGCCCGAGCUGCUGUGGUUGGACGGUGAGGGAAACCUCCUCUCUGCUGGACCUACAGAGACCCUCAGAGGUCCUGAUGACCUCUAUACUGUCAGCAGCAGAGUGACUGUGGAGAAGAGACACAGCAACAACAUCACCUGCAGAGUCCAACAGAGGAACACCAACCAGAGCAGAGAGACACACAUACAUGUUCCUGGUAAAAAACACGUUAUUUAG